AUGAGUCCCUUCCAGAUCAUCUAUCGCAAGGCGUGCCACCACCCGGUGAAAAUUGAGCAUAGAGCCUAUUGGAAAGUUAAGCAGUGUAACAUGGAUUUCUCCAAGGCGGGUAUAGCCAGAAAAUUACAACUGGAAGAGCUUGAAUGUCUUAGGAACAAGGCAUAUGAGAAUGCUCGAAUCUAUAAGGAAAAGACUAAGGCAUUUCAUGAUCACCAUAUCCGGAAGAAGGAUUUUCAAGAGGGUGAUGAGGUUCUACUCUACAACUCGAGGCUCAAAUUUAUGCCCGGGAAGCUCCGUUCAAGAUGGGAAGGACCCUUCAAGAUGAAGGAGGUAAAGCCCUAUGGAGGGGUGGAAUUGUUUGACUCCCGAAGCGAUGCAACUUUCAAGAUUGCAUUUAUCUUGGUAUGGAUGAUUUGA